CACAUGACGCGUCGACGUCACGCUUUCGUACGCUUUUGGAUUCGGGCAGAAGAAGAUGGCGGCCUCCUCAGGAGUUAAAGUCCCUCGUAAUUUUCGUUUGUUGGAAGAGCUUGAGGAAGGACAGAAGGGUGUCGGUGAUGGGACGGUGAGCUGGGGUCUGGAGGAUGACGAGGAUAUGACUCUCACACGGUGGACAGGCAUGAUCAUCGGACCUGCACGAACUAAUUACGAAAACAGGAUAUACAGCCUGAAAGUGGAGUGCGGACCUAAAUAUCCCGAAGUACCACCGACUGUUAGAUUUGUAACAAAAAUUAGCAUGAAUGGAAUAAAUAAUUCCAAUGGGAUGGUGGAUGCACGUAGCAUACCAAUUCUAGCAAAAUGGCAAAACUCAUAUAGCAUUAAAGUCGUUCUUCAAGAGCUAAGGCGUCUUUUGAUGUCCAAAGAGAAUAUGAAGCUUCCUCAACCACCGGAAGGACAGACAUACAGCAAUUAAUUGUAAAUGAUUGUUAUGACCCUCUGUCUUAAACCUUACUCUUAGAAAUGUCUUGUAAAUCAUCAGAAAAAGAAAAACCAAACAAAUAUUGCUCACUCCACACUCAAACAGUCUCCUCUGCGAUUGGACAUUUCUAAUAGUUUAGCUUGAGAAACAAAGGAAGGAAAACACCUAUAUUGUGUGGCACCAUGUUCAAUUCUGUUUUAAAGUUACGAGUGCACAAAUCUCUCUCUUCCAGUAACAUUUGCAUCGACCACGAGCUUUAUGAUGAUGAACUGAAUCCAGUCAGCAUAGACGCAGAAAGAAGGCAUGCUAGGUGAGGUUUAUACAGAUCUGUUCAUUUUAAGUUAAAGUAACGAGACACCAAAACUAAAAAAGGAUGCAUAUACAACGGCAUGCUUAUUAAAAAAAAGAGAAAAAAAAGAAAUGUAAAAAGCAGCUGAGUAAAUUGUAAGUUAACUGAACUUUUUUUUGUGUGUAUCUGAACCCCUCACUGACAAUAACGUUAAGGGUCCUAAAAGUGUGCCUGUAGUCUACUAGUAGUAUCGCAAAAGGGGUGGGAGCGGUUCUGAACUUUCUCUUCUCUUCUGUUUCGUUUUUAUUUUUAAUGUCUGUAUUUGACACGAUCGCAGUGUGUUUCAGCGCGUUGUAAACGGAUGCUCUGUUCUGUUCUGAAAUCAAACCGUGCGCAAGGAUCUGUCGGGUGCAUUAAAAUAUGACUCUCCAACCUGCUGUCAGACUCUGUUUGUAUACGAGUCCAUCACACGCCGCAGAAAUACGCUGAGAUGUUACUGUACGAAUAAAACAGCAAACCCUUGCCAUUCAGGGACGGGAUUCAGAGAGCGUCCGACUCGCUGUUUUGCAUCGUUUGAAUGACACAGCCUUAUUUUUACAGUGAUAGAUUAAUUUUAUACAUCGAUCCUACCAGUAAACGCUCACAUUGAUCUCAUAUCACUGCGAUGUAACUGAACAUAAGUGUGUGUUGUGAUCCGUAACAUUUAAAUAGCUCAUUACAUAAGUUUUUCUGAUGCGUUUGAACAUUUUCCACACUGUUGUACUAUGAAAAUCGCUAGAAAGUGAGUUUGAGGUAGGGUGUUUUCAGUAGGAAUCACCGAUUGUGUCAAUGGUAAGGAUUUGCUGUACACUUGCUCUUGCUUAACCACAGUGCUUUAUGCGACGGCAUGCUGUUAUGUAGCUUUCAUUACGCCACCGACUAGUACUUCAGUAAUUAUAACAUUAGAACCACUGUUAUUAUCCUUAGGUACUCUAACGAAGUUAAUCAUUGAAUUAAAUUGUAUUUCCAGUGAAUGGUGGGGGUUUGUUGUGCUGUUCUUCAUUUAUGCUUCGGUUGGCUUUGACCUUUUUAUUGAAGUCUUCAUUAGCGAAAACUAAUAGGCAGUUAUUGUGCAAAUUAAUAUAUGUAGUGGCAGUUUUCUCACGGUCUUUACAUUUUCAGAGCCACAGAUGAAUCACCCUGUAAUGCAUCUAAGAAACUUUUUUUUUUCUCCUCCCUGCUCAGUUUUUCUUUCUUUUUUAAAAGACAUAUAAUCAAGUUAAGUUGAAUUUGUGACACCGGGGCUAUGUUCAGAAUAAUAAAACAAACAUUGUGGAACACA